UUGGUUUUGGAGCAACGAAAAGAGUGUGAAAUGCGUUUUUAGAACCACGUCCGAUUAAUUGAAUGGUUUAGUAUGUUUCUGGUAGUGGAAAUAGUCAAUGAUAAGGGCGAAAAGGAGUGGAAGGUAGCACCCAAACGAUGGGUGUGCACAACGAAGAAUACCCGGCGAACGGUUCUGUUAUGGCCGCAUGAUAUCAGUCAGGAGUGGCAGCAGCACCUGGCCAAAGAGGGAGCAUGCAAGCCGAUGAAAAGCUGGAGCCGCGUCGAAUGUAGCGUGAAGCAGGAAUGCCCUACUUAUAAUGGUGCAAAUGCUGCGAUGAAAGGUUUGCUAGUAUCACCUUCGUCGUCACAUACUUCUAUUCAGGUAUCAAAUGCAAUGUUCUGUAAAAAGCGUAAUCAGAUACGACAGCAAAACAGAAAGACCCUUCCAAUAGGAGCCUCUAGUGUUGUCGUGCCUGUAUCACUAUGCACCAUUGAAUCGCCUUCGGAUCAAGAAAUACAGGCAUCUAUCAAAUCAAUGCUCGAAUCGUUGAUCACAAACAAUGAAAGUAUUGUGUCGAGAAUUGCUCAAAUCGAAAACCAAAAUGCGCACAUCAUUGAGCGGAAUAAACUAAUUGCGAAUGAUAACUUUGAUAUGAUGGAAGAGUUAGUUUCGAUCCAAACAAAAUAUGAGUCCGUUGUGUGCCAACAACUUGAAGCGACAGAAAGUUUGAUAGAAAAUACAUUAUUUAGUUUCGAUCCACUGGAAACCGUUGAACAGCUAAUCGACCUUGACAACCAACUGAACGACGAGUCUUUUCGAUCUGAUAUGGUUACAUGGUUGAAGCUAAAUGCGGUCGGCAAUAAACCACAAAGGAGAAUGGCAAGCUGUCUAGAUCUGGUUUUUUCUUGGGAAUUGCAGACAAAUUUGCUUUGGUCUGGAACAACCCGAAAUGGAUUAAAGAAGCAUCCCAUAAAACAUCAUAAGAGAAUACUGCAGUUAUUCAAAAACAUUGGAGCAACGCCUUUGGAAAAGGUGAGCGAUAAGAGCAUCGCAGUAUUUUUCCAGAAAAAACUGCAGUUUGCUAAAACGCGAUUGCUCAAGCUUGAUGAACAGCCGACAUCAAUCGAUCAAGCUAUAGAAAGGCUGGACGAUGACCAUCAACCGAUUGCCGAUGGUGCGAUAAAUAAUGUCGAAUCAUCGAAUGCUGUAGUUUUGAUCGAUAGUGAAUGCUGUAAAUUUCACCGAUAACGUUGGGCGAUGAGGCGGACAUUCAAUUUGAUUUAGAAAAUCCUACAACAAAAUGCUCUGCAUGUUAGUGAUAAUCGUUGUUAGUAAUAAUGGUAUGAACGUGCUAC